CGCCUCCGCCUCCGCCUCCGCCUCCUCCCGGCGCCCGCGCCGCUUUCUGGAAGCUUCGUGAAGUCGGCGGGCGCGUUCCGUCCGUCGGCGGCCGGCAGGAAUCCGGGUCCAUCCGCCCCUCCCAGGCCCGCGCAGACCCCGCCGAGUUGGCCAUGCCCGAGAACGCGGCUCCGCGGAGCGGGGCGCCCGCCGCAGCCGCCGGCGGCCGCAGCAAAACCGCCUACCAGGACCGCGACAAGCCGGCGCAGAUCCGCUUCAGCAACAUCUCCGCGGCCAAAGCUGUUGCUGAUGCUAUUAGAACAAGCCUUGGACCAAAAGGAAUGGAUAAAAUGAUUCAAGAUGGAAAAGGCGAUGUGACCAUUACAAAUGAUGGUGCCACCAUUCUUAAACAAAUGCAAGUGUUACAUCCAGCAGCCAGAAUGCUGGUAGAGCUGUCUAAGGCACAAGAUAUAGAAGCAGGAGAUGGCACCACAUCAGUGGUCAUCAUUGCUGGCUCUCUCUUAGAUUCUUGUACCAAGCUUCUUCAGAAAGGGAUUCAUCCAACCAUCAUUUCUGAGUCAUUCCAGAAGGCUUUAGAAAAGGGUAUAGAAAUCUUGACUGACAUGUCUCGACCUGUGGAACUGAGUGACAGAGAAACUUUAUUAAAUAGUGCUACCACUUCCUUGAACUCAAAGGUUGUGUCUCAGUAUUCAAGUCUGCUUUCUCCAAUGAGUGUAAAUGCAGUGAUGAAAGUUAUUGACCCAGCCACGGCUACUAGUGUAGAUCUUAGAGACAUUAAAAUAGUUAAGAAACUUGGUGGGACAAUUGAUGACUGUGAGCUGGUAGAAGGGCUGGUACUUACUCAGAAGGUGGCAAAUUCUGGCAUAACUAGAGUUGAAAAGGCUAAGAUUGGGCUUAUUCAGUUUUGCUUAUCUGCUCCCAAAACGGAUAUGGAUAAUCAAAUUGUAGUUUCUGACUACGUCCAGAUGGAUCGAGUGCUUCGGGAGGAGAGAGCCUAUAUCCUCAAUUUAGUGAAGCAAAUUAAAAAAACAGGAUGUAAUGUCCUCCUCAUACAGAAGUCUAUCCUGAGAGAUGCUCUUAGUGAUCUUGCAUUACAUUUCCUGAACAAGAUGAAGAUUAUGGUAGUUAAGGAUAUUGAAAGAGAAGACAUUGAAUUCAUUUGUAAGACAAUUGGAACCAAGCCAGUUGCUCAUAUUGACCAAUUCACUGCUGAUAUGCUGGGAUCAGCUGAGUUAGCUGAGGAGGUCAAUUUAAAUGGUUCUGGCAAACUGCUUAAGAUUACAGGCUGUACAAGCCCCGGAAAAACAGUUACAAUUGUUGUUCGUGGAUCUAACAAAUUGGUGAUUGAAGAAGCUGAGCGCUCUAUUCAUGAUGCCCUGUGUGUUAUUCGCUGUUUAGUGAAGAAGAGAGCUCUUAUUGCAGGAGGUGGUGCUCCAGAGAUAGAAUUGGCCCUGCGGUUAACUGAAUAUUCACGAACAUUGAGUGGCAUGGAAUCCUACUGCGUUCGUGCUUUUGCAGAUGCUAUGGAAGUCAUUCCAUCCACACUAGCUGAAAAUGCUGGCCUGAAUCCCAUUUCUACAGUAACAGAACUAAGAAACCGACAUGCCCAAGGAGAAAAAACUACCGGGAUAAAUGUCCGAAAGGGUGGUAUUUCCAACAUUUUGGAGGAACUGGUUGUCCAGCCUUUGUUGGUUUCAGUCAGUGCACUGACUCUAGCAACUGAAACUGUCCGGAGCAUUCUGAAAAUUGAUGAUGUGGUAAAUACUCGGUAAUCGGAUUAACACCGGUCAACUGGUGCUGCUGUGGCCACUAACAGUGCAUCUGGAGUGGAAGAUCACCUUGGUGUUCUUGCUGUUUGGAAGAUUUGUUUCCUUUACAAAUCCCUAGGCCUGGUCUUCCAGUUGGCACUUGCUUGAAAAAUUGUAUUGAUACAACUUGAUUAAAAUAUUAAAUGUUUGAUUUCAAAAGGCAGAUUAAUUUAUUGGCCCUUGUCCCCCAACAGUCUGUUACUUCUGAUAUUCUUUAAAAAACCUGUGUAAGAAGAGAAAAAAAUGAAUUCACAUUUGCCUGUUGA